CCACACGUCAUAAUAACCAGAAUUUUAAAUUCUAGUGUUCUGGGGAAGUAUUUUGAGGGAGGAGUUUUAUCAAGGAAACUUCAUAAAUAUGUAAGCAGGCGAUAUGUCUAUAUAAAACUUCAGCCUCUCUGGGCUUAAAUCAAUUGUUGUCACAACACUCCAAAUGAUGAUGAAUCGUUCUUGGUACCUCGUCUGUCUUGUAUUUGUAAGUCUGGUGAUCGUGGUGCAUCAUGCUUCUUCUCAAGAGUCCAUCAGCAUCUCAUCCGGCAUACAACUUUUACCUUGUAUUUAUCAUGGAGUGCCGUUUGUUCACUCCGAAGUGUGGCGCGUUGACGAAUGCACAACCUGUACGUGUGAUAACAGCACUACAACAUGCGUGGUUGAAUCUUGUCAACCGGCACACUGCACUGAACACGUUAAACCGCCAGGAGAAUGCUGCUCUGUCUGUCCAUACGACGUGACAGUACGUAAAGUAGAGCCCACCAUACAAACUAAACGCAAUGUGACAACUAACGGUGACGCAACAAUAGUUCUUGCGGCAGACGUCACAUUCAAAGAUGCCAAAGACACGUCAGGAGUGAGAGGCGAAUCUCUCUGGGAGUUGUCUGCCUGGAUUGCUCCUGUAAACACUACUCACAGGAUAGGUUUCACCGAGCAAGUUCUCAAUGUUGAUCAAGCAUCGCAGUGGUACGUCAAAGGAAAUCGAAUCAUCUUCCUGGACGUCGUGUAUACCUUCGUUGCUCCGUCUUUAAACUGCGACGAGGCUAAUGUCUGUGUUGAGCUUAAACGUGGACGAAAUGCAGUAACAACCGAUGGUCGUCCUUUCAAUUUUGGCAGUGACCCAGACAGCUCUACAUCGUUGAUUGGCUGCACUUCACUAUGUGCUGGCCGUGACAUAUUUCCAUGUGUGGAUACGGAAGGAAUACAUUUGCAUGAAGAUGUCUGGCAACGAGAUCCAUGUACACACUGUACUUGUAACAACGGAACAGCAGCGUGUUCUACAAAGGAAUGCCCCGAUCCUGGUUGCAACAGGCCUGUGAGACUUAAAGGCGAAUGCUGUCUAUCCUGCCCAUAUCAUGUAAGGGUGAGGAGAGUGUCACCGUUUGUCAUGGCACAGGACCAGAUUGGAGACCAAGUCCACCUUCGAGUCUUGAUCACCUUCCAUGAAAGCCAGCACACUACAAAUGUUACAGGGAUAAACCUGUGGAAACUCAGUGCUUGGGUAGCCCUUGAUCAGACUAAGACUGGCAAAAGAUAUGACUAUAGAGAACAGAUUCUUGAUGCUACGCAGAGGUCACAGCAGUACGUGAAAGGCGAGACACCGGCGUUCGCUGUUGAUUUAGGCAUUGCGGACACUGCUGUUGUUUGUGGCACUGCCUUCUAUAUCUGUGUUAGAUUCGACAUCGACAGCAACUACCAAACGGAGCAUGAUCGUGGCUUUGAGUUCUCAGGUCUUCCUGAUAACUCAUCACUCAUCGGUUGCACGUCACGGUCUACCACGAUCCCUGAAGAGCGGUGCAGUACCGUAGACCAACCUGAUGAAUCUCCUGUCAAGUCUGAUGUGUGGAUACCGCUGGUAAUAUCGACGAUCGUUCACGUUGUAGUCGUAAUCAUCGUCCUGGCCAUUGUGUACUUGCGUCGUCGGAAGAAAUUCGAAAACCCGACAGAUUGUGAUGCCCACCAGAUGAUUUUGACAGAAUAAUUGUAUAAUUAAUUCUUAAACAGGGAACUUCAUGUUUUCUGUGUUAUGUAUUUCUUUGAGGAGAAGAGAUGUAUUUAAUACCAACCAUAUCUCCGCAAAACAGACCAGUUCGUAAUGGUAAUAAUGACCCCCAAAUAUUCACAGAUCUUAUACCAAUGGAGUAGUCCCGCUUUGUGCAUUUUGGAAAAAUCAUCGCCAAAUUAAUAGAUGUAAUUCAUCUAUACCGUUUGUCUGCUGUCGUGUGAAGAAUAAUUCCAACAGUGUUCCAUAUGUUGCCAUAGGUGCAUGAAUGAAUGUUUAAUACAUAACUCUCACCGUUGGGUUUUAAAAUUUUUGGUACAAAUUACAUUUAUCUGCCAAUGCGCAGAUUAUAUGUAUAUACUGGCUUAUUGCUCAAGAAAUGACAAUCUGUCAAAGUCGUGAUAUCUUAAAUGAGAGUAAAAUCUGUCAACAAAUAGUUUAUUUAAACUUACAUUCGGUGAUUCAAAUCGAUCAGGAAGGCCAGUGGUGGAUUCAGGGGGCACCGGAGAAACGCGUGCCCCUCCUCCUACCCAAGUGAAGAGAGAAAACACAAUUGAAGAGUCAUUGGCCGAUAACUAUUUUUUGGGUUUGUGGUUGUAAUAGGCUUUACGGACUUUACGGAAAUAGCCACCGCCUCCCCUCAGCAAUAAUCGGGCAAAAAUCUUAACUUUUGGCCGAAAGGUAAAUGAAAGUUAAAGAAA